CAACCAGCAAGUAUGGGCAAAGACUACUACCAAGUGCUCGGCGUGAAGCGCGACGCCUCAGACGACGAGCUCAAGAAGGCGUAUCGCAAGAUGGCGCUCAAGUGGCACCCCGACAAGAACGUGAACAACAAGGAACAGGCACAGUCCAAAUUUCAGGACGUGAAUGAAGCAUACGAAGUGCUGAGCGACAAACAGAAACGGACCAUCUUCGACCAGUACGGCGAGGAAGGAUUGAAGGCAGGGGGUGGAAAUGCUCCCGGAGGCGGCGAGAACAUGGGAGGUGGGUUCUUCCCAGGGCAAUCAGCGCACUUUAGCAGCAGCGGCGGCGGCUUCCCCGGUGGAUUCGCGUUUCACUCGUCGGACCCGUCCAAGAUCUUUGAGCAGUUCUUUGGUACAUCAAACCUCCACGAAGCCGAGGGCGCGGACCCGUUUUCAGGCAUGUUUGGCGGUGGAGGCAGCGGUGGCCGGCGCCAGCAUUCGUUCUUUGGGAGUGAUCCGUUUGGCGAGUCGAUGGGUGGAGGGGGACGCGGCAAGCGGCCAGAGGCAUUGAAGCGCGACCUGGAUUGUACUUUAGAGCAGCUGUACACGGGCUGCGUGAAGAAGCUCAAGAUCACACGCAAAGUGUACGACGAGCGCGCGCAGGGGUUCCGGGAGGAAGAGAAAAUCCUUGAGAUUCAAGUCCGGCCCGGCUGGAAAGCCGGGACCAAGGUGACGUUCGAAGGGGAGGGCGACUUGAUGCCCGGUCGAAUCGCGCAGGACAUCAUCUUUGUGAUACAAGAGAAGCCGCAUGCCAAGUUUCGACGGGACAACGACACCCUGAUCUACACGGCCAAGAUCUCGCUCAAGGAUGCGCUGGUUGGCCAAGGCACAUUGACCAUCAAGACGUUGGACGACCGCGAGCUGCACCUGAAACUGGACUCGGUCGUGACGCCCACGACGCGGAAGGUGUUUGUGGGCGAAGGCAUGCCCUCGUCGAAGGACCCGUCGCGGCGCGGGGACUUGCACGUGCAUUUUGACAUUCAAUUCCCCACGAGGUUGACGCCGGCGCAAGUCGAUUUGCUGCGGCAAGCGCUUUAGACGACAAGAAAUAGCCGAGUUAUUUUAACCUUAUUUUAAUCCCUCCCACAUAUUUAUAAAAUGAAUCGUCAAAUCCAUGGAACGUUUGCA